AUGUGUCGUAACUGUGCUUUACCUGAAUGGGGGGAACCUGUGAAAAUCCCAGUCGCAGAACUGCCAGCGUUUUUCUCCAAGCAGAUCAGCUGGAAUUUCGAGCGCCUAAACUACGGUGGAGGGGCAGUCAUUGAAACCAUUUCAGGUCGACCAGAGCGCCCAUCGGUGACUGGGAGGCUUGGCUGUAGGCUAAGGGAAGGUAUGCAACCGCCAGCUAGAGGCAAACGAACGGAGAGGUACCUACUUGUCAGCGAAUGUUUGUAUUGCCCAGGGAAACGGUAUGGAUGUACCCCUCGAGCCAACUGUACUGGGAAGCGGCGGAACUGCUAUGCAAUGUGCAAAGUGACGGUGUACGCUGAUGCGUCUGAUCUGGCAGAAGUUUCCUUCUCGGGCAGCCACGGAAGUGGUAAUGUUACCGAUCCAUCUUUACACAGAGCUCCUCAUGAAGGAAAACGGAGAAGAUUGGAUGAUGAUAAUGAUCAAACACAGGUUGGCAAAUAGAAAAAAAAUCUUAAAAUGAAAAUCUUAAUAUUACAAUACGUUUCAUUUGAUCACCUGAACACUAGAGCAAUAGUGAUCUCCGGUAGAUUUAAUAAAAUAUCAAUUAUUCAUAUUUAAGUUUUUACUGAGAGCCAGUAAAUAAUCUAAUUACAUUGUCAUAAUAAAAUUAUUAUAAGUAAGCUUAUGUGCAAAUCUGGAGCAACUUCAGAAUAUCUGGGGGAGGGGGUAUCGGAUAAGUUGGUCUGCCCAGAAAAUGGGCAAAUGUGACUUGAAUGAAGAAUAAAUUGAAAGUAAGCAAAAUGCUAAAAAAUUUCAUAUUAUUUAUUAAGAGUCAUUUCAUCACAGGGGCUUGAAAUACCUGUCUCAAGAAGAUUUUUACUCUGACAUCUUCCAAUUCAACAUUCUCCUCAGGCUUAUCAUUUAUUCCACCGUUUUUAUUGUGGAUAACUUUCCCCAGUCUGGAAAUGUUGAGUAUGAUCACCUCUAUAUCUGCCUUAUGUGAAGCCGGUUGACAAACAGGCCAGUGUUUCCUGAAGGUCAUCAAUAUUGUUUUGGUUCAAAAUUUGAGGAUUGAUAUUCUUGCUCUCUAAUCCCUGUGCUUGCAGAGUACCAUGGUUGAGAAACAGAGUACUGUCAGAAGUGAUAGUAGAUUUAGUUUUGAUGUUUUUGGAUUUCUUCCCUGAUAAGAUGACUGAACUGUCAAUGUUUAUUCCAAGUAAUCUCAUACAGUAUUCGCUUAAGGACUGAAAAGCGCCCAUCCAUUUCUUUAAAUCAUAUUGUAGAGGAUAUUUGUCAGGAUUCUCUUCAAUAAAAAGAUCUACAGUGUAUUCAUGGUUAUUUCAACAGAACUCAAAUCACUCUGACUGUCUGUCCCAUGACAACAUGCUAUAGUUAGACUAUAGUGCUGUUACAGUGUUAUAGUGCUGUAAUUUGUUUCUUGAUGGAAAAGAUUGAUCCAUUAAGCAUGAGUUUUGGUCUCAUGUCUACUUAUAGAUACUUAUUUUGUUAGCUGGCUGUCUGCGAACUUUCAGCCGAUUGUUGUCUGACAGUUACAACAAUGGUAGUAAACCAUUUUGCAAUAGUUGAUCAAUAGUCAGCUGACAAGGUUUUGUGGGGCUGUUCUUCACAAAUACCUGCAUCAGAAGGCUCUAUAAAAUGAGCCUUUACACAACAGGUACCUUUGUUAUUCUCUGUUCUCUACCUUUGUUACCACAAAAUCCCAUGUUAAAGCCCCCCCCCCCCUCCCCCGUUUUUCCGUUUAUAAGCCCAUCUAGUGUUUAGGGGCGUUCCUUUUGCAUUUCUUUACAAACAUCAGAAUAUUUUACCUAAAGUUAUAUGCAUGAACAAGUGGCUGUAGAACGAUAAUAUAUUAAUACCAAGGAAAGAAACAAAUGUUCAUGCAUAUGUAAUAAUGAAACUUAAUGUAUUAUCAAAUGUAACUCUAAAUGUAAUGGAGUGUUUGUUUCUCAGAUACGUUUUAUCUCGUUGUUCGGAAACAUUUUUUUUAAUCCCACUUAUAUGCGUCCCCCCAACCCCCCCAAACCAGAUAUAAGCCCACCCAAAACCCCUCUUGAAGAACUUUAUAUACCUUUAAUGUGGGAAUUUAAGGCAUUCUAUUAGUUUCCAGGUAUUCUGAAGUUUGGCUGAAAAAUCAAUAAACUAAUGAGUGAUUUAGUAUAAAUAUCCAUAAUACUGCUUUUUUAUUAGCUCUAUCCCAUUUAAAUGAUCAGACUUCAGGAUUUCUUCACUUAUUAUCUGGCUUUGAUCUUUUGAUCUGUUUCUGGCAUGAGACAAAUAAAAUAGCAGCUUAAAAAUUAAGAACAAUAGACUUUUACUGUUAGCUAGCAUGACCUGCAUAUUUAUAUGGUAGAUAAGGUGUUUGACUUUUCAAACAUGCUCUAGUCAUUGGUUGCAAGUGUGACUCGCAUGUAUGAAUAAUCCGGGAACUUGUAUUCCAUUUUCUUUCUGUAAUGUGCUGCCUCCUUAUACCGUGUAUGAGAGUGUAAGUUUUAAAAGAAAUCCUGACCUUAACCCUGUAAACCCCAAUAUCCACAUACAAAUUCUCUAAACUGAAAUAUUUAAGUUUUUACUGAGAGCCAGUAAAUAAUCUAAUUACAUUGUCAUAAUAAAAUUAUUAUAAGUAAGCUUAUGUGCAAAUCUGGAGCAACUUCAGAAUAUCUGAGGGAGGGGGUAUCGGAUAAGUUGGUCUGCCCAGAAAAUGGGCAAAUGUGACUUGAAUGAAGAAUAAACUGAAAGUAAGCAAAAUGCUAAAAAAUUUCAUAUUAUGUAUUUAGAGUCAUUUCAUCACAGGGGCUUGAAAUACCUGUCUCAAGAAGAUUUUUACUCUGACAUCUUCCAAUUCAACAUUCUCCUCAGGCUUAUCAUUUAUUCCACCAUUUUUAUCGUGGAUAACUUUCCCCAGUCUGGAAAUGUUGUGUAUGAUCACCUCUAUAUCUGCCUUAUGUGAAGCCGGUUGACAAACAGGCCAGUGUUUCCUGAAGGUCAUCAAUAUUGUUUUGGUUCAAAAUUUGAGGAUUGAUAUUCUUGCUCUCCAAUCCCUGUGCUUGCAGAGUACCACGGUUGAGAAAUAGAGUACUGUCAGUAAUGAUAGUAGAUUUAGUUUUGAUGUUUUUGGAUUUCUCCCCUGAUGAGAUGACUGAACUGUCAAUGUUUAUUCCAAGUAAUCUCAUACAGUAUUCACUUAAGGACUGAAAAGUGCCCAUCCAUUUCUUUAAAUCAUAUUGUAGAGGAUAUUUCUCAGGAUUCUCUUCAAUAAAAAGAGCUACAGUGUAUUCAUGGUUAUUUCAACAGAGCUCAAAUCACUCUGACUGUCUGUCCCAUGACAACAUGCUACAGUUAGACUAUAGUGCUGUUACUUUGUUUCUUGAUGGAAAUGAUUGAUCCAUUAAGAAUGAGUUUUGGUCUCAUAUCUACUUAUAGAUACUUAUUUUGUUAGCCAGCUGUCUGCCAACUUUCAGGCAAUUGUUGUUUGACAGUUACAAAAAUGGUAGUAAACCAUUUUGCAGUAGAUGAUCGAUAGUUAGCUGACAAGGUUUUGUGGAGCUGUUCUUCACAAAUACCUGCAUCAGAAAUCAGAGUGCUCUAUAAAAUGAGCUUUAACACAACAGGUACCUUUGUUAUUCUCUGUUCUUUACCUUUGUUACCACAAAAUCCCAUGUUAAAGCCCCCCCCCCUCCCCUCCUGUUUAUAAGCCCAUCUAGUGUUUAAGUGCGUUCCUUUUGUGUUUCUUUACAAACAUCAAAAUUUUUAAUCUAAAGUUAUAGGCAUGAAAUAAUAAUGUAUUGUUACCAAAGAAAGAAACAAAUGUUCAUGCAUAUAUAACAACGCUACGAGUUCCAUUCCAUCGUUCAUCUCCAAAUUGUUAACGUUAAGGCUUGUAGUUUUUUGACUUUUGUUCUCUUCCAUUCCAGUGUUUUAUAGAUGUUUUUGAAAUACAUUCUCCAUUUAUUGUGAUGCAUAAUGAAAUUUAAUGUAUUAUCAAAUGUAACUCUAAAUGUAAUGGUGUGUUUGUUUUAAUUCGUUUCUCAGAUACGUUUCAUCUUGUUGUUCUUAAACAUUUUUUUUAAUUCCACUUAUAUGCCCUCCGCCCCAACCAGAUAUAAGCCCCGCCGUUUAUAAGCCCACCCAAACCCCUCUUGAAGAACUUUAUAUAGCUUUAAUGUGGGAAUUUAAGGUAUCCUCUUAGUUUCCAAGUAUUCUGAAGUUUGGCUGAAAAAUCAAUAAACUAAUGAGUGAUUUAUUAUAAAUAUCCACAAUACUGCUUUUUUAUUAGCUCUAUCCCAUUUAAAUGAUCAGACUAUGGGAUUUCUUCGCUUAUUUUCUGGCUUUGAUCUUUUGAUCUGUUUCUGGCAGGAGAGAAAUAAAAUGGCAGCUUAAAGAUUGAGAACAAUAGACUUUUACCCUUAGCUAGCAUGACCUGCAUAUUGAUACGGUAGAUGAAGUGUUUGAUUUUUCAAACAUGCUGUAGUCAUGGGUUGCAAGUGUGACUCGCAUGUAUGAAUAAUACUGGAACUUGUAUUCCAUUUUCUUUCUGUAAUGUGCUGCCUCCUUAUACCGUGUAUGAGAGUGUAAGUUUUAAAAGAAAUCCUGACCUUAACCCUGUAAACCCCAAUAUCCACAUACAAAUUCUCUAAACUGAUCUCUAUACAUUUCCCUUAAGAAUUAGUUAAGAGAAUUUGAUCAAAGUUCAAAGUAUUUUCUCUUAGGUGAUCAUUUUAUUAAUUCUCAUAACCUCAUCUCAUGACAAUGUAUGGAUAUCGUUAGGAGAAAAUUGCUGUUGGUCACUAUUGGGACUUAAAGGGUUAUCCGUUAUUUCUUUAGAGGUGGAAACAAACUGAUCGACCAACUAUGGUAGAGUCUCUUAGCUCUGAUGGGAUUGGCCUUGAUCGCUCAAGCACAGAGGUAGUCACAUUAGAAGUUGGCCAGAACAUCAUGCUGACUGGAAGUAAUGUGGAAUUGCUAAACACACAUCGCUCUUCAAACUCACCAGAUGUUGUGCUCUGGACAACAUCCUCUGGAGAACAAGUCAGUACUUUUCAAACCAGCAACGGCACCGCCGGAAGCAGACCUACAACCCCUAGUACACCUCUAAAUACACCUUUGUCAUCAGCAGCAGUAACACCACAGUCUACUGUUCAGAGUGGUUUACGAGGGGCACAGGCCCGGCAGCCUUAUACACCUCCAGGUAGAUCUCCUCCUGCAUUGGCUAAAAGCUCAGGACCGCAGUCCUUAUGGAUAUCACAGCCAAGAACAGAAUUCAAAUAUUCAGGAACAAAGCUACGUGCAAAUCAGGUUUGUUGCUUUUCUGGGCACUUAGUUUUCACAAAACAUAAGAGAUAGAUUUCACAAUUGAAUUUUGUGGUUUGGUAGAAGAAUCAUGUGAACUCUAAUGAAAGAACAGGUCUUAGAAAUAGCACUACAGUUUUUCAUAAGUAUUAAAUUUUAUGGUCACUUCUCAACAAAACUUGCAUUUUUGUAAAGCAGUUUUUGUGUUUGUGUUAGCACUGACAGCCUUAUACCAUAAGUGUUUUGUGUAGGAUCAUUUUAAUUGAAAGUGCAAAACUUUUAGAAAGUUUCAAUAAAAUGAGUAACAAUAAGACACAUGCACUCCUAAGAUCCAACGUCUAGUAUUAUAAAAGAAUGUACAAUACUGGUAUUUUUCACCUGUGACUUGCUAGCUUAAAAAGUGGAGCACUGGAUUACUUUACCAAGGCUGUAAUGUAAGGGAGGAAGGAAAAGAAGCCCAGUGCUCUGAACCUGUGAAAAAACAUUAUGUGAGAGUUCCCAACACAUGGUUUUUAUGCAAAAACUAAGAUUUUGUAGUCAGCUAAGAGCAAUAAAUAAGCGACCAGGGACCAGUCCUGCUAUAUGACUUGCUAAGAGUGGUCUGUGCAGUUUAAAUUUGUUGUAAUGUACAUUGAUAAUGUUGAAAUAUCAGAAAAAUAUAUAGUUAAACUGGAUAGAAAAAUUGAUUUCUACUUAGCAUAAUUUUCAAUCAUUGUCAAUAAUGUCCUUACACAAAACAAGUGAUGUUUUUCUGUUGUUUUGAUUUAUUUUUUCAUUUGUUUAAUUACCAUUAUACAGAAUCAAGAGAAAGAACAAGAAAUCCUUACCAUGAAACAGCACAUUCAAAUCCUCCAACAAGAACAUCUAGCCAAGAUUUCCCAUAUUGCUGAACUGGAGGCGCAGCUACAAUACCUCAAGGUAAUCACUUGAAGUGUACUCCAACCUGUUGUCUAGACUUUUUACCGUUGGUCAGUGAAUUUGUCCAUCUGAUUUCCUCUCAAAAUAAUCCUUAAUUCUUGCUAAUUAACCCAUGUUCUCCUGGAAAUUUUGCCGAAAAAUGCUGUUUGUAGCUAGUCAGACCAUCUGUGGUUAGUCUGGUCGCUUUACAGCCAAAACAAACCCAGAAUGCUCAAAAUACUGUUUAUAAGUCAAGCACUUCCACCUUGCAGCCGUUUUUUUUUUUCUGAUGCUAAAUAUCAGCUUCUGAAGUUCAGGCAUGUCCAGAAAGCAAAAUUUUGUAAUAGUUUUGGUGUUUAUUAAUGACACAGCAGUACUGACUUUAGACUGUACAACCUUUUGAGUAUUUAAAAUUGAGAUAUCUUUUAGUGAUUGAGGAAUCAUGUGAGCACCAAAGGGCAAGCUACUAGGGGGAGUCUGGGGGGUAUUCUCCCCCAGAAAAUUCUGAAAUCUUGAUCCUCUUAAAUGCCAUUUAUACUGUUCUGAGAGGACAACUUUGAUUGUCAUUUUUAUGUUUAUUUUUAUUUGCAUGGCUUACAUGAACAAGUACUCGAUUUUAUUAUAUUUUGUGCAUUUUUUAGAGUUUUCUGCUUAUCAGUUUCUGGGUAAGUAUAUUCGGAAAUACAGAUGUAUCAUAACAGAUGUCAAAAAUGGGAUUUGUCCCAUCUCGAUCACAUGUUGGUCAGGAUUCAGGACUUCCAAGCAAAAUUGUGAGAAUUCCGACGUAAUCAAAUUGGGAUGGUUGGACAGUCUGCAGCUUUCUCUUCUCUGCUUCUUUUGUUUUUCUUAUCCUCCUUUUUUUGUUGCCUGGCAUUUACUAAGGCUUUAUUUUGGUGGGAAACCUUUUUGAGAAAACUUUUACUCGGAUUGUACACUUGUACAGAAUAAAGUGGGGGUGGGUAGCAGGACAAGAUUUUCAUUGGAAUUUUUUGGGUCAACUUUAUGGUUCUUUGCCUUUUUCUUUAGGAAGGAGAAAUAUACAGACUACAGCACCAAGUGCAGAAAUUAGAAACUGAAAAUCUGAAAAAGGAUGUAAAAGUUCUUCAACUUGAGAAGCAGUUACAAGCAGCUCUAUUCUCAAGAACACAGGUAAGCACAGACAUUUUGGUAAUCAGACCUUCCAACUCUCACUAUCCAAAUCUCAUGGUAAAUCAGAAAAUCUUGAAAUUGCCAGACAAUUCCAUUAGGAAUUGCCUAAUUCCAAAACAUUUGUCUUCAUAAUGGACAAAAUAUUAAUAAUGUAUCAAUCUAAGUUUGGGGGGAAUUCUGGGUCUAAUCCCAACCUCAUUCCCAUGCAACUUGAAUUAGCAAACUUAAAAUGGCUACUCCCCAUCCUAUCGACGUGGAUAGUGAAACAGAAUCUCAAACUGACUCAGAGACUUUGGAACCUCAGCUUCUAAAGAAAAAAAAAAACCAGCGGCUGGCCGCAGCCAAAUAUCACAAAACAUUUAAAAGUAAUAACUUGGAGUAAAUUGUAUCUAAUAGGGUAAAGAAUACCAUAUGACAAAAACAAUAUCCCUUUUUGGUUUUAUUUGACACCUAUUUUAGAAAUCUCCAGGUUUGAGGUCCCAAUCUCCAGACUUUUGGGGGCUUUUUUCAAACACUCCAGAUUGGCAUGGUUUAGGGGUUGGAAAGUCUGGGUAAUACAUGAUACCACAAAAUUAAUUUAUUUUUGUCUGUUGUCUGCGUCAGUAAGCUGAUUAGUUGUUGCAAUUGACAGUCAAACUUCUACUUAUAAACACCUGGGUGUAAACAAUUAGGCCAUUUACGGUACACAUGUACAAUUUUGUGACAAGAGCCCAGUUUUGACAGCGAUUUUUAUACUGCUCCUACACUACAGAGUUGGACAAGCUCUUCCUGUAAACUUAUAAUUUGCUCCAGUCAUGUCCAAUACUGCUGCACUGUUCCUGACCAAGAGCAGUUGACAGAUUGUAGGCUCUUUACAAACCGUCAAUGUUGCUAGCACACAUACAAAGCAUGCAUCUCAUUAUUACAUCAGGGCACAGUGUGUUACGGUUCAUAUCAUCUGUACAGUUUGUACACUUGAUUGAUACAGAUCAUAAAUUCCUUGUUUUAUAAGCCAUAAACCAUAACAAGUGGGCUCCAAAAGUAAUAUUCCUUGUUCUAUAAGCCAUAAACCAAAACAGGUGCGUUUCAAAUGUAAUAUCCCUACUGUUGUUGUUGUUGUUUGGUUUUGUAGCAAUCCUCCAGCCCAGUGACCGUACUUGUACCACAACCUGGGUGCGAAGCUGUCCCUUCACAUCCAGCCAUAAGUAAACAUAAUGAAGUGGAAACAUCACGUGUGGAAGGCGAAGAGAAAGAUGAAAAUGACGCGGAGGAAAAUAAUGAAUUGGAGGAAAAACAAGCAGACAAAGAUGAUGACAAUGGUGAUGAUGAGAUGCAAAGCACAGAAGAAGUUUAA